AAUAAAUAAUCGCUUUCACAAUCACAAAAAUCCCACAAAUACCGCCUAUACGGCAUUGAAGGAAACAAUCGUCCCCAAGCUUUGGCGCCGAGACAAACACAAAAAAACACAGAAAGCCAAAUAUUCAACACAAAAAUGGCAACAUUAACAACAACUUUGUGUUGCAAACUUCAAAAUCCUUUGAAAACCCUAAUACCCAUUUCAUGUUCAUCUCCAUUAACCCCUUCAAUUAUCUCAUUUUCUCUGAGGCAAAAUAUCAAACACUUGGUGUGCAAGACAUUGCCGCGAUGUUCAUUGGACAACCGAGACUCCUACGAGUCUUCUGGAACAUACCCACGACCCUCGGACAUUCAGUGGAAGAAAGAACUCUGUAAUUCUGUUCAACUUAUUGGCAUUGUUGCAUUGCCUGUUCAAUUUAAUCAACUUAGCUCUGGCAAAGUUGUUGCUUCUACCCGUCUUGCUGUUCGGAAAUCUCCCACUGAUACUAGUUGGAUCAAUUUGACAUUUUGGGAAGAUCUGGCACAUGUAGCUCAUCAGCAUUUGGAGAAAGGUCAGCAGAUAUAUGUCUCUGGCCGUCUGGUGUCAGAUACUGUUGAAAGUGAAGAUGGGAAACAACAGACUUACUACAAGGUAGUUGUUCAGCAACUAAACUUUGUUGAAAGGAACUCUUCUUCUCCAGUGGUCUUAUAUGAUGGCAGCCCUGGUUCAACAACAGUUGGGAAGUUUGACAACUCUGCUUCAACUAAUAAGCUUUCCACUCAAGAGCUAUGGCAAGCAUUUUUUGCCAAUCCAACAGAAUGGUGGGACAAUAGGAAGAAUAAGAAAACUCCCAAAUAUCCUGAUUUCAAGCACAAAGACACUGGCGAAGCUCUGUGGGUGGAUGCCAGGUAUAAUCCUCCAUGGGUGAAAUCUCAAUUGGAAAUAUUGGAUUCGAGAAUGCAAUCUUUUCAAAAGCAGGAAGACUCAAGUUUUUCCAGUUAUUUCAAUGGUGGUUACUAGAUGCUGUGACAUCUUUGCUGCUAUUGGAUCACUUCUGUAUAAUUACAUGCUCAUUUAUUGUCCAUUUCUGCCCCUUUGUAGGUUGAUUUAUGAACUUUGAGCUUAGCACCUUUCUAUUGUACAGUAUGUUAUGGUAUUAGUGUGUGUGUGUGUGUGUUUUUUUUUUUUUUUUUCGUAGCCUUUUAGUGUAAUGUACAUUUUGCCCGGAGUCUAUCUUUAUGUGAACUUGUUAUCACUAAUCUAUUCUGAAAAAAAUCUUGUUGAGUUGUGAUGAAUUUUGUGCAGCAUUUAAUACCAGUAUUUUUUUUUUCACUUGACUUUUGGUUGAA